AUGGCAGAGAUUGUUGAGAAAAAUCUUCGUAUCUCCACUCUGAAACAGGAGACUGAAAAGCUGCUGGACACCACAGCCACGCAGACCCCGAUGAUCAUCGAGGAUGUAGCAGCUGGAGAGAGAGAGAGAGUAGAUUGUGGUCUACAGGUCAAUAUGGAGGAAGACAAAGACAUGCUGGAGCAGGAGCAAAAUAAGCUCCAAGAAGCGUCAAACCAGGGUAGCUUUUGGUCUGAAAUCAAGAACCUAGCAAGAAACGUUGCAAAGAGGGUGGCGGUAACCAGUCUGUCGUUAGUGGCAGUAGGUUACUGCUGCUUUUCUUUUUGUGCCACGUCUGGUUACCAGACGUUUACAGACCUUCCCCCAUUUUAA